GACCGUUUUCUCCUCCCCUCCCCCAACCUUCCCCUUCUACACUCUCAUCAAACUCUCUCUCUCUCUCUCUCUCUCUCUCUCUCUUUUGAAAGAAAGGCAACUUUAUAGAAGUCAAUAGUGGCUAAUUAUGGGGUGCUUUCCGGCUUGCUUUGGUACUCCUAAGCGUCAAAAACAUCGAAAAUUGGCCAAUGAAACUACCUCUACAGACCAAAGUCUUGAAGCUAAUGAAGCUUUUCAACCUACCGCACUACCAAAUCAAGAAGACAUUGAAAACCCCGUUAAUCCCAGCACAGAAUCAGAUGCUAGAAAGAAAGUUUGCUUUGAUCUGAAUGUCAAAAACUAUGAGGAACCAUCAACCAAUGAAGUUGCGACUACUUUGUUGGGAAACAAUGAGGAGAAAGAGAAUGAAAAGCAAGAAGAAACAAGUAAAGAAAGCAAACCCUUUUCGGGUUUGAUUGCUUCAAGCAUAUUAUCCUCUCCACCAAAGCACAGAUGCCAAAAUUGUGCAGAUUGUGAUUUGGAUAAUGAUGAUGAUGAGGUUGGAGAUGUUCAUUCACCGGUUCAAGAAGAAUCGUCGGACUCAUUGUUUUCUUUGUCCAUCGAUUCAAGAAAACAUGUCGGUGCCACUGAAACCGGCGAAAAGGAGGUUAACAGUCCGAUGCCGGAGGUCAAGACAAUUGGGUCGAAUCCAAUUGAAAGGAGUGAGUCUGUUGAUUUAGUCUUGAAACCAAUCGAAAAUCUUACUCCAUGGAAGACGGUCCAAGCAAAAAAAACCACUCCUUUAGAGAAUCAAGCAAAGGAGAAUAUUCCGGCAGACACCAGCCUUUCAAGCUGGUUGGUUGAAUCCGAGUUCACGCCCAAGUCCAAGAACAGUAGUGAUUCCGUCGGGAACUUGCCGGCCGAGAAAGAGAAUUCAAGAAGAAAUGUUGAAGACAGGGCAAUUCUGGGAGCAUUGACCGUUACAGAGCUCAAACAGUUCUCUGCCUCAGCGUCUCCAAAAUGGUCAAGAAGCCGAAGCCCAGAUGAGAAGCUGGUGAUAGGUACUGUUGGGAGUUACUGGAGGCAUACCGGGCAGACCAUGGAUUCAGACUCAGGCUCUUCUUGCAGAGAAAUGAACAAGACAAGCACCAGAAACAGAGAGGAUGAGAGAGUGAAAUGGAAUUCUUCUCCAUUUGAGGCAAGAAUGGAGAGAGCUCUAUCUGAAGUGUAGCCUCUUUAUGGAGUACAUUAGAUGGCUUGGUAAAGUGUUGUGCUUUAU